CGCCCCGCCGCUCGCGCGCCGCCGCCAUGCUGACUGCCCGCGCGCUGUCCGUGCGGUUCGCGCUGCGCUGGGCAGCACCCGCCCGCCCGGCCGCCCUGCACUGCUCCGCGCGGCGGCCCCACCCCGCCCGCGUGGCCGUGGUCCUCUCUGGUUGUGGUGUCUAUGAUGGCACGGAAAUCCAUGAGGCCUCGGCCAUCCUGGUACACCUUAGUCGUGGGGGAGCUGAGGUUCAGAUGUAUGCUCCAGAUGUUCCUCAGAUGCAUGUCAUUGACCACAGUAAAGGACAACCAGCUGAAGCUGAGUCAAGGAAUGUUUUAGUGGAAUCUGCAAGGAUUGCUCGUGGUAAAAUUGCAAGUCUGGCUAAGCUUACUACAGCAGAACAUGAUGCUGUGAUAUUCCCUGGUGGAUUUGGAGCUGCUAAAAACUUAUCUACCUUUGCUGUUGAUGGGAAAGAUUGCAAGGUGAACAGAGAAGUUGAGCGUGUCUUGAAAGACUUCCACAAAGCAGGCAAACCUAUUGGUCUUUGCUGCAUUUCACCAGUGUUGGCAGCAAAAGUUCUCUCUGGUGCUGAAGUAACUGUGGGCCAUGAAGAAGAAGAGGGUGGCAAGUGGCCUUAUGCCGGGACUGCAGGAGCCAUUAAAGAACUGGGAGGAAAGCAUUGUGUGAAAGAAGUAACUGAAGCUCAUGUGGAUACAAAAAACAAGGUGGUUACUACCCCAGCGUUUAUGUGUGAAACUGAAUUGCAUCAUAUCUUCGAUGGUAUUGGGGCCAUGGUAAAGAAUGUGCUAAAAUUAACUGGCAAAUAAGAAAAAAAAAAUCAGGAAUGUUUAAAUUUAGGGUGUAGUAUUAAAUAUAAUAUGGACCGAUGGAAACAUUUUCACCUGCUUGUCCUAUUCACACUCCAGUGAUUGCUGAUCCGAAGCUGACUGAUUCCCAGCUGUGGGGUUUUCUAUGCCUUUUUGGAGAGAGGGGCCUGCAGAAGGGCUUACGGAGUACAAACAGUCUGGCCUGAGACACAGAGCAUUUUCUUGAGUGUUUUCAGCUGGAGAGAGCUGUGUGAACUUAUUCUGAAAGCAAUCCUCCCAUUGCACCAGUGUCAAAUCAUUUCUGUGGGGGGCAAAAAGAGAAUAAAGGGCUUUUCAGAAGCAGAUGUGUUGUAAGGAUGUAGCGGAUGCAAUGGCAGUGUAUCUAGUGGAUGAAGAAUGGGAGUGGAGAGGAAUUCAUGAGUGGUUCAGGGUUUAUGUGCUCAAGCCUGUAUCUGUGAACUAAAAUGCAGGAUCAGCUGUCGAGGGAAUAGACAUGUCCCACAUCUUAAUUUUAGCUUGGUAUUAAUUAAAAAUAGUGGUUUGGUUUUCAAUUUUAAAAUAUCCUGUUUUCGUGAAGGAGCCAUUGUGAGUAUCUCAGUCAGCAGCAGGAUAUGUCUAAACUGUCAAAACAUUAGUGCUUUGAAAAGUUCAUCUGUUGGCCCAUUAUAGCUAAAAAGUUCUUGAAAUGAAGGAGAAAAUAUCCGCUGAUGUGACACAAUUUUUGGGUGUAAUGUCUAUGUUAAAGUAGUUGCCUGGCUAGCAGUGGAUGGAAA